AUGAAUGAGCAGCCUAUAAUAAACUCCCUACAAUUGAAUAUCUCCAUCCAAUUUUUAUCAUAUCAAAGCAUUGGCACAGGAAGGUUCAAAACCAAUAAUAUAGAAAACUUAUGAAGCAGAAUAAAGAGGCUAAGGGCUUAUAUAAACGGAUUCCACCCAAGAAAUGAAAAAGAGCUUGAAAAUUAUCCCUAUAUUUUUAAUGACUCUUAA